ACUGCUGGUUCUACCUCGUUGUAUUCACUUUCUCGACAACUUGACUUAUCCGGUGUAUUGAAACCAAUGUCAGUCAAGAGCAACGUCAAGAGGGAAGUAAACCAAGUUUCUAAAGUAAAAUCAAGCAAGCGACAUGCUGAAACCCAACCUGAUGGUAUUCCAAAAAAGACGGUUAGACUUGAUGAAAAACAGGAAGUAACAAAGCCUGUUGAAGGUGGUAUUUCCAAAGUACACAAAGCAAAGCAAGUAAAACAUACACUUGGCAGAAAAAUUGCGGCUCCAAAAGCAUUCUUGGCUAAGAAAGAGCGCCGCCUAUUAAGGUUAAAGUCAAAGAAACACUCUGAAGUAGUAAUUAGACUACUGCCGAUAUGGGAACAAUUUCGACGUGAUGAUGUGUCCAAGGAGAAACGAUUUGAAUUCAUCCAAGAAGUGUUAAAAAUCUCAAAGAAAGUCAUACCUGAUUUGUGUAUGGCUCAUGAUACAUCAAGAAUCUUGGAAGAUUGUGUUAAAUAUGGUACAGAGUCACAACGUUGGCAAAUUUUCGGUGAAGUUCAUACAAAUUUGGUGAUGCUGGCCAAAUCACGCUAUGCAAAAUUUGUUAUAUUGAAACUAAUAAAGUACGGUGACAAACAAUACAUACUGGAGAUGUUUAAGGCCUUUAAAAAUCGCAUUCAACGUUUAACUCAACAUAAAUUUGCAUCAGAAAUUAUAGAUACAUUAUAUAAUGACUAUGCCACUGCAUCACAACGUAGUGAAAUGAUUCAAGAGUUUUAUGGGAAUAGACAUGCUCUGAGACUUGGUGAACAUAAAUUAUUCACACUUGAAGAUACGUUAAAAUUGCAUCCAGACAAAAGUACUGUGAUACUUGACAAUCUUACUAAGAUACUCAUCAAUUUGGUAUCAAAGGGUCUUAACAAAUACAGUAUUGUUCAACACUUAUUAUUGGAGUAUUUACGGAAUGCUGUAUCAUUCUCCAAAGCAUCAUCAAUACAUGUUAAUGUGAAAGCUAGUAUAAAUACAUCUCAACCAAGCGAAACAAUUGUACCAUUCAUAGUUGAUGAACCAGUUGACUGUAAAGAUGAGGAUGCUAUUCCUAAAUCGUUCCAUGAUAAUUUUACGACUUUGAUUGAAAAUUUAAUCGAUGGUCAAAUAGUGCCAAUGUUACAUACUCGUGAUGGUGUUCGUGCUGCUUUAAGAAUACUUUGGGCAUGUAGUCCUCAGAAACGUAAGAUUUUAGUUAAAGGCUUGAAAACCUGUGUACAAAAUAUUGCGUUUAAUGAACAUGGACAUCUUUUUAUCAUUGGGUUAAUCGAUUCAGUGGAUGAUAUUGUAUUAUUACAGAAAACAAUAUUUCGAGAAAUAUUAGACGAUUUAGAAUUGUUUGUCAUGCAUCCUAAUGCACGUAAAGUAUUACUAUAUAUGUUAUCUCCCAGGGAUCGUCGUCAUUUCUGUCCUCAAUUAAUUAAUAGUAUCUUAGUUCCGGGUGAUACAAGCAUUUAUACAAAGAAAUUACUUGGUGUACGUGCAAUGGAAAUGCGCCAAUUACAAUCAAUGAUGUUACCAGCUUUACUUAAUUUAGUUAAUCAUAAAUUGGUCGAGUUAUUUAUUGGUGAUUCAUUAAGUGAAGUUGGUCUAUUAACAAGUAAAGAUUUGGGUCGUCUUGUUCUUUUGAGUGAAAUUCUUGAGAAAAGCUCUCCAUAUAAUUUAAAUGUAGAUAUUGUACUACCAAUGUAUAAGAGAACAAAUGAUGAUACACGUGUUCAAUUUGGAAAUUGGACCAUCUCUCCAAAAGAUUUAUCAUUUUAUAAAACAUCAAGAAGAUUAGCUUUAGAAAAGCUUGUUACACAUAUUUUAGUACCGGAAUUCAAUCCAACUGGUAAUGAUGAUGAUGAUGAUGAUGAUAAGGAGGAAAAAACUCAUUGGAAACAACAUCAACAAUCACAGAAACGAAAUCGUGAUGAUUUACGUUUAUCUCGGCAUAAAUUAGCAGUUUCAUUAGUUGAAGCUUAUUUGGCUAAACAAAAGAAUCCAAAAGUCAAAUCAUUUCUCACUGGGAGAGAAUCAUUAUCCGAUAAUGAGGAACAAGAGAAUAAUCAACAUAUGUCUAUUGAUGAAACAUGUACAAUGAAUCAAUCUAGUUCGAAACCAUUCAUUGAACGACCUGAAGGUGCAUAUCUGAUACGUCGUUUAUUAAAAAUGGAGGAAACGACUGAAAAUUGUAUGUUUUAUUGUUGAUUAUCAGCAUUCUAAGUUACUAGUAUCAUGUAAAUGAACAUAUUUAUUUUAUGUUUGUCUAAUCAUUCAAACAUUGAUUUUAAGUGAGAGUGAAUGUAACUAACUUACUUAGUUGUAGGUUAUAUUCGUUACAGAUUAAUCUCGGUGUAGUAUCGAAAACUAUAGAGUAUUUGACAGUUGUUUCGUCCUUGUGUAGGAUUCCUUGAUAUUAUAUAAUAAUGACCCUCUUUCAGGGAUUGAACUCAGGACCUUCAGGUAUCUUCAGUUGUACCCCGACCGAGAUCAGUAUGUAAUGAUUACAACUUGUAAAUUAAACCAAUUUCCACCGGACCUAUUCACGCAAACCAUGUUAUUCACCUCACUAGUUACUAACAUCAAGAUAUUCCUGGAGUUCUUGUGAGAUGUCGUGACUGGUGGGGUUCAGGCACAUGAAGUUUGGAACAGUUGUAAUCAGUGUCACUGAAUAACCAUUGUGCCGUAUUACAAAUCGUUUAACGUUGAGAUUCUACCAUUGGCCAUCGACCCAGUACGUCUAACGGUUAAGGGUCAACCACAAGAUUUAAUUUCGAAGAUGUGAUACCUUCCGUGGUAAUAACUGAUUGCUGCUGAGAAGUCUUAUAUCAAGAUGAAACAGCUGUCCAAUACUACCUUGUUUUCCAUGUUACUAAAAUUGAGGUUAAUUUGUAAUAAAUACAAAUUACAAAUGCUUAAUUUAGUCAUUAUAUUCAUUUUGAAAUUUAGUGUCUUUAGUAAACUGAUAAAUAAUGAGAAUUAUUGUACUUCAAGUAAACUUUUAAUUUUAAUUCUAUAACUGAGGAAAUAAAGACAAAAAGAUUUUUUUACAUGAUUUAUGAAAUGCUGUACAAUCAGUAGAUAAGCUGGCUUGACGUUAAGAACUGGUGUCGUUCCAAUGUUUUAGCUAAUUGACUGACUGAAUUAGUUGUAGAACCAUUUAUUGAAAGGCAUAAUUGUUUUAUUCAUCAGAUGAAAAUGAUCGAAGUAAAAAUAAAACAUGGGUUAUAGGAAGAGAUGCCGUUUUUGCUUUGAAAAUUUUUGUCUUCACGUCUGUAUCCGAUCCUCCUUGUUCAUCGGUGAUGCUUAACAGGCACGUGAAAGAUUCCACAUUUUCCAGAGCUUCUCCAUCAAGUGUAAUUAGGUUGUAUUGUAUUGUAUUGUAUUUGGGGAUCUUGCUUUUUGCGUUCUGUAUGUUGAGCGUUAGUGAUGGAGAGGCUGUUGCUACACUAGUUGUGUUCAUCUGGAUUUGUUUGUGUGUAUGGGAUAGAGGAGGGUUCAGGUCAUUCUCUGCUAAGUGCAAUUCCUGUGAUUGAUUCCAAGCUGUCCAUUUUAUUCGGUGCUUUCCCUCAGAUGUCGAGGUCUUCAUAAUCCAGUAAACCACUAGUUCUUACUUGGAAUUCAUCUAUCAGUUAUCCUUCACUCACAACUUCGCAGUUUAGUCAGUUGUAGAACCAUUUGUUGACAGGCAUAAUUAAGUAUUUGUUUUGUUUAAUUACCUGAUUGAACAGUAAUCUGUUAUCAAUUUGAAAAUAAGUAAAAUGUUCCACUUUUGGUUUCAUUACUUAUAAAGUUUUGCAUAUCAUAUUUAAGUACAAAGUUUCUCUAUCUCUGUGUGUGCAUUUUAAAAAAAAAUAUUUUUGUCGAAAUAGUUACUUUUGCUCGACUCAUUAUAAAACGUGUUCCAGCCGAAAAUUUUCAAUCUUGGAUCAAGUGUAAUCGUACUUGUUACAUUCUAGUAAAUCUGUGGGAACUUGGCGAUGAGAAUAUUUGCGAUGCACUCAAAGAAGCUUUGAAUCCUGUUGUGGAAACUUUGAAAAUAUCACCUUUAUCUGGUGCUAAAAUUUUGUACAAUCAUUUAAACCAACAAUAAUUUCUAUUCUAAAAAUAAUUUUGUAUCUAAAAUUCGUUGUGCGCU